UUGUUACUGCUGAACUUACCGACCGCUCCGCGUCGUGGAUAACCAAGACUGUUGUACCAGCCGUCAAAGCGACAGACUUCCCACAGUGUUUCACCGCGAGAACCUGUUCAACAAACGUUGAAGUUUGUUUUAAAGAAUGUUCAAUUCCGCUUUCAGUCAUUUUCUGCGUCAACUGUGUGAAGCAACUGUAAAACACAGUUUACAUACAGUGGCCGUCUACUUACGGACAAUGAGCACGGAGACAAGCACCGCUGCGCACACACUCCAAACCCAUUUACGCAAAUCCAUUGAUGCGAGAGACCUGUGGUCCUCAGCUCAGUCUUCAGACCAGAGGAAUGAAGCGCGUCUGAAAGACAAGAAUUUCAGCAAAUGCAUCCUCCUCCCCAAGUGACACAAGUGGAGACUAUAAAAGAAGUGUAUGUUUCCUUCAACGUCCACACUCCACUCUGUUCACCUUCACUCCUCGUCUUUCAACUUUCAGCCUCAGCUGUGUCAGUAAGAUCAGGAGCUACGAUGACUUUCUACGAUGACAUUUACCCAUUCUACCCUCAACAAAGGACUGCCUUCAUCUUCAGUGGUCAAUUGCUCACCAUUAUCCUGGUGUUCCUUGUGUUAGCUGUCAGUCUUUUUCUCAUUCUGCCAGGGAUAAGAGGGAAGUCGAGGCUGUUCUGGAUGUUUAGAAUAUUAAUCAGCGUGUUCAUAGGUGCAGUGAUAGUAGCGCUCAACUUUACUGAUGACUGGGCUGAAGCCAGAAUGACCACGAACGCCACCUACAAGUCUUUCAGCAAUGUGGAGGUCAACGCAGAGAUCGGCCUGCACGUCGGACUGUACGGCAUCAACAUCACCCUGAGGGGGAAUCCUGUUGUACAGUUCAAUGAGACCAUCAACUACAAUGAGAUGUUCAGCUGGCAGGACACUAUUGAAGAAGAGUAUGAGGAAGCUCUGGAGAAAGGUUUGCCCAAUCCCAUCCUGUACAUUGCGGAGAAAUUCACCCAUGGCAGCCCGUGUGGACUCAACUUUCAGUACCGAUACUCAUCACGAUACGCCUCUGCUACUCUCUGGACUGCGUUUUGCACGUGGAUGCUUGCAAAUAUCCUGUUCUCCAUGCCGGUCAUCUUGUAUGCUGGGUACAUGAUGAUGGCAACAGCGGCCUUCAUCUUCUUCUCCAUUGCCUCCUUCUCCACCAUCAUGAAUGCGCCGCAGUGCGUUUUCUCCAUAGGAACUGACUCGUUUGAGACAGAAUACAGCCAUUCGUUCUGGCUGGCUUUGGCCACAGGUGUCCUGUGCACCGUCAUUGGGAUUCUGGUGGUGAUAUUUUACUUCCUGAUGCCAGAGAAGAUGAACGAGGCUUUCAGCGUUGGUGUUGACAGUUAUGAAGAUGAGGACGUUCCUUAUGAGGAGGGCUACCUGAAUUCAGUUUUUCUUUCUGGAGAGACAAUUUCACCAUCGACAUCAAAGAUGACCACAGUGUAUUUAUGAAGCCUUAUAGGUUUUUCCUCAGAUAACUUUUUCAGUCAGUAUUUGGGGAUAUUUUUGUUGAAUGUGUUUGUUUCUAUUAUCUAUGAGCCUGUUAAGUUAUGUGUUUAUUGAUUACACUGUAUAUAAUUAGAAUUGUAAAGUUCAUUGUUAUGUUGCUGUAUUUAUAUUGUAUAAAGUGGUAAGGGAUCCAUACGAUGUGCAAUACAUUGAUAAUUUGGAUUAUACUUCUGUUAGGAUUCAACUAGUUCACUUUUAUUUAAUUUGACCUUUCAUGGCCUCUGUAGGAUUUUUGUAGCUUUUUGUAAGUUGCUGAUUUGGCAAUGUCUUUUUGAGGAGUGGCACUGGUUCUGGGGACACACAGCGAUGCAGUGGCUAGCAUUGUUACCUUAUAGCAAGAAGGUCACAGGUGUGCAUCCCAGUUCGAUCAAGGGCCUUUUUGUGUGGAACUUCUUGGACUGUGGAUCUUCUUCCUCCCACAGUCCUAAAACAUAGAUUGGGGUUUAGGUUAACUGGACACUAAAUUGAUCGCAGGUGUGAAUGUGAGAGUGGAUGGUUGUUCGUCUCUGUGUGUUUGUCCUGCGAUGGACUGGACCUCCCCACCUUUCGCCCUAUGUCAGCUGGGAUUAGCUUCAGCCCCCUGUGACCCUCAUGUGGAACAUCAAGUGCAAAUAAGUGUGAAGAUACAAAAGGAACCAGUCCAUGAAAGUGCAACUGACUAAGUUCUACACGAAGCAGCUGU